GGCCUAUGUUGUAAGGGUGGCCGAUGAGGAUGGUUGGGAGGUUGCUGCAAAAAUGGCGAAUGUGGAUGGGUUGGAUCCAAUGACGGAGUUAUUCGGAAGUAAACCAACAGCAGCCGACGCCAACACCGACACCGACCGUGCAAAUAGGUGGGAUCCCUACAACGCAAAUGGCACAG